UCCCUCCCUUUCUCGGUGCUUUCAGACAGACUGUUUUGCUGCAGUGAACGGUAGCCGUGGAGAGAGGAAAAAGGCAAGAAAAACAAGAAGACAGCGGAGGGCGGAACGAGAACCAAGACAGACAGAUCCAUUGGGACCUUAGCGUGAGCGCCAGCAGGCAUAGACGGGUCCAACACUCCAGAACCAACGGGCAUCACGAGGAGCGCUUAUAUCGUCAGCGCUUCGGUGAGCUUCUCCACUUCUCCUGGCCUCGAGAGGACUAUUGAGUGUAACGUACUGGACGGAUGAGCGGGAUGCGCGCGCGUCAGAGUAUGACAUUCCCGUCAUUCCAGCGGGCCGCUCUCAGGGCUCUCGCGGCCUUGACGAUGCUUCUCGCGACCUCCGUUCGGAGCAGCUACGUUUUCGAUGAAGACCCCUUCCAGCCAGUGACCCAAGAUGAGACGGUGGCAGUGGGCGGGGUGGUGACCCUGACCUGCAGCGUAAAGGAAAAUGAUAACUCCUCCCUCCAGUGGUCCAACACGGCCCAGCAGACCUUGUACUUCGGAGAGAAGAGAGCACUGAGAGAUAACCGUAUCCAGUUGGUAAAGUCCACGGCUACAGAGCUGAUAAUCACCAUUGCAGACGUUCAGCUGUCAGAUGAUGGAGAGUACACCUGUUCCAUUUUCACCAUGCCUGUACGGACCGCACGAGCCACAGUUACCGUACUUGGUGUUCCAGGUAAGCCGGUGAUAACAGGUUUUGAAGAUGCUGUUCAGGAGGGUGGCAAGGUUACUCUCACCUGCACGAGUUCAGGCAGCAAACCUCCUGCUAAACUACACUGGUACCGUGAUCAAGAGGAACUACCGGGGCGUCCUGAUGUUGUGGAGUCCAACCCUGAUGAACCAACCUACACAGUAACCAGCGAGCUCACCCUCACUGUCACAAGAAAUGAUAACAACGCUCUGAUCGCCUGUGCGGUGGAUCACCCCUCCAUCGCCAAUGGAGACAAGAAGACAGAACAGCCACUCAGCGUCUUGUUUUCUCCCAGUGUGUCAAUUCAUCCUGAGAGUGACCUGCCCAGAGAAGGAGAGAAGUUUUACCUUCAGUGUGUGGGGAACGGAAAUCCAGAACCGACUACAUUUGUGUGGCAGAGGAAAGACGGAGGGCUCCCCCCGCUGGCGAAGGAGGAUGGUGCGUUCCUGCGCUUCGAAUCACUCAACAAGUCGGAUAAUGGCGUUUAUGAGUGCCAGGCUGAUAACGGGAUCGGUGUCGGGGAUGUAUCGCACACUCUCCUGGUUCAAGACCAGGGAGAUUCAGACCUCCUUAUUCCCACCUUUACUCUCCCUUCAUCCUCUGUUUCUCCCACAUCUCCUCCUCAAACCUCCCUUUCACCCCCUACUGAAGGUGAAACUCUUCCUCCUCCCUCCUCUUCAUCGUCUUUUACUACCGUCCCCACAUCCACUCUUCCCAUCUCGACUCUCCUUCCUUCUACUUCUGCUCCUCCCACUCUCCCUCCUUCUCCUGAAGUUCCCACCACCUCUCUUUCCAACGCUCUCUUCCCAGAUCUCACUCUUCCAUCUUCCUCUGUUCCUGCUCGUACCCCUCCCUCACCUCCUUCACCCCCUUCCUCCCCCCCUGCCACUCCAUCAUCUGUUCCUCGGCUGAAUGGAGUGUACACCUUUACAGAAGCCGGAGUGAACGCUGCAGACCCCACAGCGAUGUCCACCUCUUCAGGAGUAGACCAUGCUGUGAUUGGUGGAGUGGUUGCUGUCAUUGUCUUCAUCAUGCUUUGUCUCCUCAUCGUCCUCGGCAGAUACCUCAUCAGACACAAAGGUACGUACCUGACUCAUGAGGCGAAAGGUUCUGACGACGCUCCUGAUGCAGACACGGCCAUCAUUAACGCUGAGGGGGGCCACUCUGGGGUGGAUGACAAGAAAGAGUACUUCAUCUAGAGAUCCAUCCCUCCGUACCCUCUUCCUUCACACGCUUCAGUUCACUCAGCCUGAUGUGGAAAACGGUGAUGGCAGAAGAGAGAGGAAAUAUGUGAGGAAAAAAACAAAACAAAACAAAAAGUGUUGACCUGUUGGAACUGAAGGACCUCAAAUAAGCUUCGACACACAGGACAGGGAAGUGAGAGUUAUGCACUGGCGCGUGGGCUCAUUUUUACACACACACACACUCUUUCUUCAUUAUCACAAUAUGACACAUGAGCAAACACAAAUAACGAGACAUAAACAAUAAAAAAGAGAUACACAAAGGCAAUAUUACAGUGACCACGCUUCCCUCGUCUCCCAUGAUUCCUUUCAAAAGGUCCAGAUAUGUUGCACAGUGACAUGUGCAUGCAUGAACUUUCAGGACACACGGUCUGCUCCCAAAACCAUUGAAAGACACAGACUCAUAACUGGCACGCAUGCAAAAACACAUCAAACAAAAAGGUCUUAAACUGAAGACGAAAUUGAAUCAAACCAUGCUACCCUGCAAUAUCACUGACAGACACAUUCAUAUUCAUAACCCUAAUGUUACGCUUCAUCAUGCACACACACACACACACACACACACACACAGGCAGAAUAACCAGGCAAAAACAGCAGCCCCUGCAAUCAUUGUUUGGGACCCCUGAUAUAAAUUUAUAAAUACAUAUAUAUAUGAUUAUAUAGCAUCAUUUUUACUCAGUGUGCUGUAAAUAUAUCCUCCAUCUCUCUCUCUCUUUAUCUCUCUCUCUCUAACCUCACUGUCUGAUAUUGCAGUAUAUACUCUCUGAGCCUGCCUGGUUUUCUUACAUGCGUGGAAAUGCAGAGUUGAUAAAAAAAUAUCUGGACUAUAGAAAAAAAAACAUGGUGUUAUGAAAACUUCAGUAAUAUUUGUAUGAAUUAUGUUCUCUUCAAGUUUGAUUUCUGGUGUUUACUGUUGGUGCAACAGUCUAGUGUCAUUUCAUCAACAUGGGAAGAUUAUUAUUAUUAUUUUUAUUAUGAGGUCCUACAUUGAUUAUGCACUGAUGUGUCAUUGUAUCAGGCCCAGUGAUUAGCUCACUCACGCCACCUUCAGGAAUGAAUCUCCUCUGUUCUUCAGAAAAAGCAGGGUAACAAAAACUACUGCUCUCUUUCUUUCUCUCUUUCUCUGAAUGAUCACAUUCCCACUCUCUUCCGAUCCACAACUUUUUUUUUGUCUGUUCUGGCCUUUGUCUUCCCCUCCUUUUACAGUCAUAGAGCUAGAUUAUUUCCAGUAUUAUUCCAUCAUUGUCAACCACCAGCUAUGGUGACUUUUGGAGGGAGUUUGGGAGUUUAGUCAGUCGCAUCAUGCAAUAAACUGAGGCAAUUCUAUUUAAUAAUAAAAAACUAUUAACUGUUUAACUCAAAAACUGGCUAAUUAAAGGUGAUGUGUGUAAUUUUUAGCAUGUUAAAUCUUCUAUCCUAUCCAAUCUGAAUGUGAGUAGAUUGCAAGUAAGCCACCCGUAGGUUGAUUCCCUGUGAUGCUAUCAAAAAUUUGCUCUGUUUGUUUGAGCAUCCUGAACGCCGACAUAUAACUCAACCAAUGGCAUGCAGUCUGAUUCAGUUCAGCGGCACAAAAAUUACACACUUUACUUUUAAAUGUAUUGUGCUUGAAUUUGUGAAUGAGUUCUGCUUCACUAUGUAAUUUUUCCCCAAUCGGUGCUGAUCUGGUAACAGUUUUGAUUACAGAAAAAGGCCAGUUGUCAUUUCUGUGUCAGUUAGGCCUUUCUUUUCAAUAGUUAUUUACAUAAAGGAGAAGGUCGGAGCUGUGACUCGAGAAUUGAGCAUUUUUCAGUUCCAUUCCCCUGGACUCUUCCCAACAUUUCAUGGCAAAUGGUCGAAAAUAAAGUAAUAUUUAGGUUGAGAACACGAUUUUCUCUCUAAACUUGAGAAACUGGGACCAAGCGGCAUGUGUAGAAAAACCUGAGAAAAAACAUCACAAUUCAGAAUAAAAUUUAAUUUUCAAUUCACCCUUAUUUGUAUAGCACUUCUCACAUUACAGAUCUUUUUAAUGGAGCUUUAUAGAAAAUGCACGUUUCAAUGAUACAAUGUAAUUGGGCUCCAACAAACAGGGAAUCUUGCAUUAAAUCUACCACAUAUGUGGAAAUUCUGAAGUUUAGGCAUGUUUUUGUUCACGUGGGAUGACAGGGUCAUUCAUUUAAUGCAUAUGUAGGUCACAACUAAGUGGCAACUGACCAAUUACAACCAAAACCCGUCCUCCGCUCUCCUCACAUACCUCAUUAAUGACUGCAGACAAUGAGUUUCUGAGACAAGCAGUUACAAUCGACCGCCGCAAGAUGGCGAUAAUGCAUUUCGUUCCCCCACACAUCUUUAUAUCUCUCUCUUUCUCUCUGUCCUGUACAAGCAGUAGAACUUCCAGUUAGUUAUCAGUCAGCUCAGUGCUUAAUUUUAAAUCAUGUUGUUUACUUUUAUUCUGCUGUAGAUGUGCAUAUUGUUGUUUGUAAUUUUAUGUUCCAUUUUUUAUCAUUUUUAUGACGACUAAAUGUCUUAGACUUGAAGGUGUAGAUGAACAUGUAGUUUCCAUGACUUUUGUUUUGUUUAUCUGCCAUUUUUUUUAUGAUUUCAUGUGAUUAGUGUUGCCUUGAACAGUCUACACACUCAAGUGAGCACAGACAGCGACACAUGUUUUUUUGCGUGUCUGUGUUUAUGUGCGUGGAAGAUUUUCACACUGGCCCACCAAACAGAUGCAGGAAACACUAUAAGUAUUACAGUACAUUCUGUUAGAUUUUUGUUUUUGUUUGUUUGUUUUGAAUGAUAAGUCUUCCUUUUGAAUAAAUAUUCAUAUCAUGUGGAGCUAUUCUGUCAUGUAUGUUGAUUUGUAUUAUGGCCGAUGAUGUCAUCUGAAUGGGACUCUGAGAUCAUCAUCAUUGUGGGUUCCGUUUGUUUGAUGGUCUGUUUAGACAGUAUUUGCUUUUUGUUACAAAAAGAGAUCCCUUGUUAACUUCAAAAUAAAUAUACAUUUGGGUUAACCUAUAA